GACGGAUUCUCCGACGGCAGUCCUAAUUCCGGGGCCUGGCUAGGGUUUGUUAAUUUCUUUCCCGGCGAGACCGGAAAAUUUUCUAGACUGCGAAGACGGAAUUGUUGAUCGAGGGGCUCCUCAUCAAUGGCGACGGAGGUAGCAAUCAGCACGGACAGGGUCCAGAAGUUCGUCGACGACCUCGAAGCUGAGAAAACCGCUCUCUCCACCUGCACCCAGCUGUUCACAACCUUGUCCAAUCACUUCAAAUCUCUCGAAGAGUCUCUCUCCCUGAGGGCCAAGUCCGUCGAAUCGAAGCUCCAGUCCCUCGAGUCCACCUCCCGCCAGACACUGCAGUCCCUCUCCCAGCGCGAGGAUUCGAUCCCGCAGCGCGAGUCCGAGGCGGUCGACGGCGUCCGGGAGAGGAAGCAAGCUGCGAUCGCCGCAAUUGAGAAGCUGGUCCCUAAAGAUGCAGGCUUGUCGGAAAACCUGAGGUCUCUUGCGAUGAGGAUGGACUCUUUGGGACUGGUGAAGUUGAUAGUAUCCAAGAGGAAGGAACCCGGGUCAUUUAGAGCAGAGCUUACGGACGCGAUCAAUGUGGCUAUUGAUCCUCCGAAGUUGGUGCUCGAUGCCGUGGAGGAGUUUUUGGAGAACAAGACCGCAAGAACUGGGAUCAUGGACAAGCGGUGGGCGGUUGCGUUGUUGGUUCAGGCUCUCUUUCCUGAUAUGAAACCGAGUUCCAGUAUGAAUUUGGGGGACGAAAACGUAGAUUCGGGGCCAAAGUUUGCGAAGAGCGUGGUGGAAAGGGCUUGGAGAGUAUUGGAAAUGUGGAAAGAACAAAUGGGGCAGGGUGGGGAAGGCAGUGAUUUUGGAAAAUUUGGGCCGGUGGAGGCGGUUAUGUUCCUGCAAAUGGUGGUAGGAUUCGGGUUGAAGUCAAGGUUCGAUGAGGAAUUCCUGAAGAAGAUGGUGUUGGAAUUCUCUUCCAGGAGAGACAUAGCAAAGCUGGCUCCUUGUUUGGGGUUUGGAGAGAAGUUGGCAGAUAUCAUUGAUGAGCUUGUGAGAAUGAGUAAAGAGAUAGAUGCGGUAUACUUUGCUACAGAGUCCGGUUUGACCGAAAGGUUCCCUCCCGCGUCACUCCUCAAGUCAUUCCUCAAGAACUCCAGAAAGAAUGCCACGGAUGCACUGAAGAAGGGCAAUAACAGUGCUGUAGCAUCGGAGGAAUCUAGUAACAUAGAAUUGAAUGCCAUUAGGGCUGUGGUUAAGUGCGUGGAGGAUCAGAAGCUCGAAUCAGUGUUCACACUCGAUGCCAUGAAGAAGAGGGCCAAUGUUUUGGAGAAAGCCAAGUCUGAGAGGAGGAAGAGCUCUGGUUCUGCCCCAUCUUCGAGCAAGUUGUCAGGCAAACGAGGUCACAGCUCCGGUGGCGGCAAGGGCAGCGGCCCACCUAUCCGACCAGCAAAAGUAGCCAAACUUUCAUAUCACCCAUCUUUUGCCCGAAGGACCCCAGCACCAGUACCUGCACCUCCACCUCGGCAGCCCAGCCCUGCAGCGAGGUACUCUCUUGCACGGUAUGGCUAUCCUGGGCACGAUGCCUUUGAAGUUAACGGUGGGAAUCCUUACACACCGACAUCCUAUGGAGUUGCUCACAAUCGGAACGCAGCUGGGAUAUCUCAACAACAGUACUCUCCAAUCGUGGGCUCACCUACAGGAGCUUAUCUUCCACCCUUGCACGGCGAGCAGACAAGCUAUGCGCCCUAUGAUUAUGCCUCUGCAGGACAACAGGCGUACCAUCCGACUAAUCCCUCUUAUACCCAAUAGCUGUGUACGAUCAUAAAUCCGAACUGCUCAGUUCAGCUUAGAUUCGCGAAUGUAGUUUGCGGAGUUUCUCUUCCGCAUUCUGAGAUGUGUAAAUUAGCUAACAGGUUCUAUCUUUGCUUAAUUGAAGUUAUGAAAUUGUCGCUACUCCGGCUAUGGCGAUAUAUGGAA